AUGGUCGAUAUGGACGCAAACACUCUAGAUGCGUUAGUAAAUUUUUGCUACUCUGGUGAAAUAAAAAUUACUGAUGUUAAUGUCCAGAACAUACUUCCAGCGGCUUGUCUGCUCCAAUUGAAUGAAGUUCAGGAAGUUUGUUGUGAAUUCCUAAAAAAGCAGUUGGAUCCGUCAAACUGCUUAGGGAUUCGCGCCUUUGCUGACACACACGCAUGCCAAGAAUUGUUGCGAAGCGCAGACAAGUACACUUUGCAUAACUUCCAGGAUGUCGUCGGGACAGAGGAAUUCCACCUACUUCCAGUUAACCAAUUAAUCGAUCUUAUAUCUAGCGAAGAGCUUCACGUUCGCUCAGAAGAACAAGUCUUUGCGGCUGUUGUGCAAUGGGUCCGAUUUGAUUUACCAUCACGCAAGCAGUAUUUAUCUAAGUUACUAGAACACGUAAGACUGCCGUUGUGCCAUCCGAAAUUCCUGGUAAGUACAGUUAGUGAAGAUGCCCUGGUAAAAGCUGAUGCUGCUUGUCGUGAUCUCGUUGAUGAGGCGAAGAAUUACCUACUUUUACCGCUUGAGCGACCGAAUAUGCAGGGUCCUCGAACUCGCCCUAGGAAGCCUAUUAAGUUUGGAGAAGUAGAAUUUUUGGUGAUGACUCUGCAACAAUGUUUCCACGAGAAAACCCGUCUAAAUGUUGGGACAAAACGACGAAAAUUUAGUAUGGGUGGAUGGUGUAGCGGUGACGCUAUAGCGUCGGUAGAACGUCUUGAUCCGGGUAAGGCAAUUCCGGUAUGGCAAUGUGUUGCUCCAAUGAGUAAACGAAGAUGUGGUGUAGGGGUGGCUGUGGUGGACAAUUUACUGUAUGCUGUUGGUGGUCAUGACGGGCAAACGUACUUAAAUAGUAUUGAA